GAUAUGAGGCUCGUCAACCAUGACUCGAUGAGACACCAUGCCACAUUCAUGUCCCGAUAAUAUCCGUUCACCUAGACACCACAUGUACCUAGAAGUAGCUCACUUUAGACUAGCAAGGCCCUUGCUUACCUACUACCCAAAUGGGUGGUGGAGAAUUUACACCAAUGUCCAUUUAUAAAAAGCAUAAAAGCUUUCACAUCUAUGCUACCAGAAACUAUAACAAUGUUUGAAAUGGGAAUGCUCUUCUCCCCAACCAACUUAUGACCAACUUCAACCAACUCAAGGUCCCGUAAUCUUUCCCUUGCUUGCAAGAAUGCUAGGAUUCUACUCGUUGCUCCACCAACCCACUCGAAGGUGCCCACACCCAGCUCCAACUGAGAACACCAGAUCAACUAACAAACUCCAGGGUGCCUGCACCAAACUUGCUCCAAAGCCCCUAGUUGGCUGAACACUUAAUCAAGGAUCACCAUCCCAUGGACUAGGUUUUGUCCGCUACUCUGUAUCGGAGCAAUCAUGGUAAGACUAAGGCACACCAAGGCCUAACCAUGACACUGGGCAUAUGGUGACCUCGAAUCACCUUCUCAAAUCAAAUUUAUGCUCCGGUCAUCAAAAUAUUAGUGGGGAUGCAGCAUUUGGUCCAUAGUUAAUUGAUUAAGGAGUAUUGGGCGACAGCAAUUGAUGGAGCCUGAAGAAGACUUGGAAAUUGAAUGUUCACGCGGAAAAUAUAUGCCUUUCUCUUGUCUAUAAGAAAGUUCAUCUGAAAUAUUUCUGAACUCAACCCAACUUAAAAGCAUGUCGACUUUUCCAAAUCCCUGUCUUGUUCUCUUCCAUGUUGUCAUGCUUUCUUUGCUUCCAUUGAAGAUCACCUGUUCAGCAAGAACACAAGCGGAAGCACUCGUCCAAUGGAAGAACAGCUUGUUGUUUUCGCCACCUUCUCUCAAUUCUUGGUCCCUGUCUAAUCUCAACAACCUCUGUAACUGGACUCUCAUUACCUGCGACGGCAGUGAAACAGUCUCAGAAAUCAACUUAUCCAAUGCAAACAUGUCUGGUUCCAUCGCUCAAUUCAAUUUCACUCCAUUUGCCAAUCUCACGCGCUUUGACCUCAUGAAUAACACUAUGAAUGGGCGAAUACCGUCCGCCAUUGGUACUUUGACCAAGCUGAUUUUCUUGGAUUUGAGCAACAACUCUUUUCAAGGAAACAUACCGCUGGAGAUGGGUCGUCUAUCAGAGCUUCAAUAUCUGAGUCUAUUCAACAACAAUCUCAGUGGCAUCAUUCCUCAUCAAGUUAGCAAUCUCCAAAAUAUAAGGUACCUCGACCUUGGAUACAACUACUUUGUUUCUUCUGACUCGUCCAAUUUCAUGGCCAUGCCUUUGUUGACACACCUCAGCCUAGCUUACAAUGAACUUCAAUUGGAAUUCCCUCAAUUUAUACUCAACUGUCAUAAUCUCACUUUCCUAGAUUUGUCAUUGAAUAGAUUGAUUGGUCCAAUACCAGAAUCUUUGUACACCAGUCUGAGCAAGCUUGAGUGUCUCAAUCUCUCAAGUAAUUCCUUUGAAGGAUCAUUAUCGUCAAACAUUUCCCAGCUUUCAAAACUCAUAGAUCUUCAACUAGGAACCAAUAAGUUGAAUGGUUCAAUUCCUGAGAGUAUAGGAGCCAUGUCUGAUCUUGAAACAAUUGAAUUGCUUGAAAAUUCGUUUGAAGGGAAUAUUCCAUCUUCUUUGGGCCAACUAAAAAAGCUCAAGAAACUUGAUCUUCACUCGAAUGACUUAAAUUCUACAAUCCCAUCCGAGCUUGGUUCUUGUACUAACCUCACCUUUUUGGCCUUAGCUGGGAAUCAACUGAGUGGGAAGUUGCCAAUCUCCUUGUCACAACUUACAAAAAUAACUGACCUGGGUUUAUCUGAAAAUUCUCUUGAAGGCGAGAUCCCACCAUCUCUCAUUUCUAAUUGGACCAACUUGACGUCUUUGCAACUUCAAAACAAUUUUUUCACAGGGAGGAUUCCACCAGAAAUAGGCCAAUUGACAAAGCUCCGCUUCCUCUUUCUCUAUAACAAUAAACUUUCUGGCUCGAUUCCUUCAGAGAUUGGAAACUUGAAUUCCAUGAAAACUUUAGACCUUUCUGGAAAUCAGCUGUCGGGUCCAAUUCCUCUUACUAUAUGGAAUCUUUCAAACCUUGAAGGUUUACAGCUUUUCUAUAAUAAUCUUAGCGGCACAAUUCCACCAGAGGUUGGAAAAAUGACAUCCCUGCAGUCUCUUGAUAUCAACACAAAUGUCUUUCAUGGGAAAUUACCGGACACAAUUUCUAACCUCACUAGCAUAUUAGCAUUCUCCGUGUUCACGAAUAAUUUCUCGGGUAGCAUUCCUCGGGAUUUUGGGAAGAAUAGUCCUCAGUUGAAUUAUGUAAGCUUUUCCAACAACAGCUUCUCUGGACAAUUGCCGCCUGAAUUGUGCAGUGGUCUUGCCCUUGAAAAUUUCACGGUUAAUGAAAAUAUGUUCACAGGGUCAUUGCCAGCUUGCUUGAGGAACUGUACAGGGCUAAAAAGAGUCCGGUUUGAUGGGAACCAAUUUACUGCUAACAUCACCAUUGCAUUUGGAGUUCAUCCUAAUCUUGACUUUAUUGAUCUUAGUGACAAUCAAUUUACCGGUGAAAUCUCGCCAGAGUGGGGAGAAUGCCAAAAACUCACCAAUCUACAAAUGGACAGAAACAGAAUUUCUGGUGGAAUUCCUGCUGAGCUUGGGAAGUUGAGUCAGUUGCGUGUUCUGAACCUGGGGGUCAAUGCGUUGACCGGAGAUAUCCCUUUGGAACUGGGAAACUUGAGCAAGUUGUUCAACCUCAAUUUGAGCCAGAAUCAUCUGACAGGUGAAAUCCCUCAGAUUGUGGGCAACUUGGUGAGUUUAGAGUACCUUGAUCUAUCGGGGAACAAAUUGGCAGGAGAAAUACCACGAGCAGUUGAGAAUUAUAGCAGGUUAUUGAGCUUGAACUUGAGCCACAACAAUUUAUCUGGUGAAAUUCCACGAGAAAUAGGUAGCUUAUCAGUUUUGAAGUACUUGCUGGAUCUCAGCAGCAAUUCACUCUCAGGUUCAAUCCCUCAAGACCUAGGGAAGCUAGCAUCGUUGGAAUAUCUAAACGUUUCACGUAACGAUCUCUCAGGCAGAAUCCCGACUUCAUUGUCCAACAUGAUUAGUCUCCAUUCAUUUGAUUUCUCCUACAAUGAAUUAACAGGCCCGAUUCCAAGUGGUGGUGUGUUCCAAAAAGCUUCUGGAAAUGCUUUUGUUGGAAACUCAGGUUUGUGUGGAGAUGCUGAAGGAUUAACUCCUUGCAUUUCUAGUCCCACAAAGAACAAGUCCAACACCAAGAAUGUUCUUAUCGCUAUCAUUGUUCCCAUCUGUGGCAUAUUAAUUCUAGCAGCAAUUGCUGCUGGAGUGUUUCUUUGUCACAGGCAAAGCAAAAUGCUUGAUGAGGAGAUUAAAGGUAGUAAAAGGACUGAUGUUUCUGAGUCUACCAUUUGGGAAAGAGAAGGAAAAUUCAAAUUUAGUCACAUUGAAAAAGCCACAGAAGGCUUUGCUGAUAAGUACUGCAUUGGGAAAGGAGGAUUUGGAAGCGUUUACAGAGCAGUAUUGCCCUCAGGUGAAGUUGUUGCAGUUAAAAAACUCAAUUUGUCAGAUUCCAGCGAUAUUCAAGUAACAAACCUCAGGAGUUUUGAGAAUGAGAUUCAUAUGUUGACAGAAAUUAGGCAUCGGAAUAUCAUAAAGUUGUAUGGAUACUGCUCUAAAGGGGGUGGCAUAUACUUGGUUUAUGAGCAUGUGGAAAGAGGUAGUUUGGGACGUGUAUUAUAUGGAUCACAAAAGGAAGUGGAGUUAGGAUGGGCUACAAGGGUGAAAAUUGUGCAAGGAUUAGCUCAUGCAAUUGCUUACUUGCAUCAUGAUUGCUCUCCACCUAUUAUUCACCGAGACAUAACUUUGAAUAACAUUCUGCUUGAAGAAGAAUACGAGCCAAAGCUCUCGGAUUUUGGCACUGCAAGGUUGUUGAAUCCAAAUUCAUCCAACUGGACCACAGUUGCUGGUUCUUAUGGGUACAUGGCACCAGAGCUUGCACUCACAAUGCGGGUCACAACAAAUUGCGAUGUUUACAGCUUUGGAGUGGUGGCAUUAGAGAUUAUGAUGGGAAAGCACCCAGGGGAGCUCUUGAAUUCCCUGUCAUCAGUGGCGUUGUUAUCAAACAACAAAGAAUUGCUUCUGAAGGAUCUCAUGGACCAACGACUUCCACCUCCCACUGACCAAAUAGCAGAGGACAUUGUAUUUGUUGUCACCUUAGGCUUAGCGUGCAUACGUUCCGUACCCGAGUCACGACCAACAAUGCGUUUUGUGGCACAAGAAUUAUCAGCAAGAACACAGGCCUGCUUGGGUGAGCCACUGGGAGCAAUAACUAUUAGCAAACUAUCUAGCUUCCAGAAAUAGAACAAAGACACAAAAAAUAGGAGUUUUUCAAUCUGGGGAGGCAAAUACCAGUAGUUAAUUUAGCAGCCAGUUUUUAGUACAUUUUUGUUACGUAAAGUAAUAUGCUUGUGCCUUGUACCGUAUUUUUCUUCUGUUACAGUGUAUUUGUUUCAUUAUAACCCAUAUCCAACAAGAGAUUGGAAUUCAAAAGUUCAGAACGUGUUGGCUGCAGAGCAGUCCUGGGUUGACGCCAGACUGGGGACCAAUUUUCACUGGCUCUACUUUUCCUCCAUGCUUCAACUACCAAUUAUCAAAUUGCAAGAGCAAUAUUCAACAUUUUUGUUACAUAACCCUUACUUUUUUAGUGCGAAAACUUCAGUCUUUGCAUUGUUUUUUAAGUAGAGUAAGAAUUAGUAUAGCCCUUAUUACAAAGUUUUUUUUUUUUCUCUGGUCAGAAAUUGACUUUUGACUUAAGUGGGAACAUUAGCUCCUGCAAUAUAUACUGUCCACUUACCUUGGAAAAUGUGCCAUUGACCUGCGACUACAAUGGAGUUCUGGAAAGGUAGUCACCUUGUACAAUUUAUGGAGUAAGUAGGCAAUUUGUUUUGUUUAUAAUAAAGAUCUUACAUGCUUGUAUUGGUCAAUCACACCCUUUCUUGCAUUACAAACAUCUUAAGUGACUUUAUACACAAUAUAAAUUCAUUCAAAACGUUCGAAAAGAUUUGGAGAAUCAAGGCAAACAAUAGUGGCAUACAGCCAAAAGGAAAUAAUGAGAAAGAUUAUAACGCAUCAGCACUCCACACCACAUUGUUUGAGGACAGGACCUGUUUGCUUGGACAAGAAAGGAUCAAUCCAAACCCAGACCAGUAAGAAAAUUGAUGCAAGAAGUAUAGACCACAAUACAACAAUGGUUGGAGUCCUGUUUUGCUUUCCCAUCAAACUUUUAAGGAAAGGAU